CGGGACCAUUGCGACAUGCUCUGCGCGAUCUCGCGCUUAUUCCACACAAAUGACGAGUUCUCCUCCAUCCACAUGGAGAAAUCUUGAUGAGAAUGAGGCCCUCCUCCGUCACCCGAUUCUCAAUAAGUAUCCCGGGGAAGAUACUAGGCCCACUAGCAAGAAGGAGCUGGCUGGGUGGUAUAGUUAUGGCUGGGCUGCCGAGGUGUUCGCCGUGUGCGCCAUGGGCUCCUUCCUCCCCAUCACCCUCGAACAGAUGACGAGAGAUCAAGGUGUUCUACUUUCAGAUAAGAAGACUCCAUGCAGUGCAAGCUGGCCAACUGCCCCGACGGCCUAUGCCGCGGCAGACGCCACUGCUUCUCCUCGUGUUGGUCCUCCCCAGUGCGUAAUCUACGUUUUGGGUAUCGAAAUCAACACCGCCAGCUUCGCCAUGUAUACGUUUUCAAUAAGUGUUCUCAUUCAGUCCGUACUCAUUAUUUCCAUGUCAGCCGCGGCGGAUCACGGUGUAUACCGGAAGAAAUUUCUCUUAGCUUUUGCUCUCAUGGGUGCCUUGUCUAUGAUAUUAUUUCUAUUUCUCCUUCCUCGUUUUUAUCUCCUGGCAGCAGUUCUCGCGAUCAUUGCCAACACAGGCUUUGGUGCUUCGUUCGUGCUUUUAAAUUCGUUUCUGCCCGUCCUUGUACGCAAUGAUCCGUCAAUACAGGCAACUCGCUAUGCCGCUGCUUCAGAUGAACAAACGUAUUACACUCAGAACCCCAGCGGGAGCAACACAAUUUCUCCGGUGGACGAACCUGAACGCCUGGAUGUCAGCUCGAAUGACUCGGCACUUGUAUCAGCCGAGUUGCGACUAUCUACGAAACUAUCCUCGAAUGGUAUUGGGAUCGGUUAUAUUGCUGCGGUUUUGGUUCAAAUUGGGUGCAUCCUUCUCGUCGUUGCGACCCAUUCAACUACUUUCUCUCUCCGCCUUGUACUCUUUAUCAUCGGCUUAUGGUGGUUGGUUUUCACGAUUCCCGCUGCUCUAUGGCUCCGUCCUAGGCCCGGUCCUCCGGUUCCAGAUUCGGCAUAUGGGAAAGGCAGGUGGGCGUGGGUUAGUUAUAUCGUGUUUGCAUGGGUGUCUCUUGGCCGAACGAUCGUACGAGCUCGUCAACUUAAAGAUGUGCUCCUGUUUUUAGCGGCUUGGUUUUUGCUAUCCGAUGGCAUCGCUACGGUAAGUGGUACGGCCGUGCUUUUCGCAAAAACACAACUUGGCAUGAACAUUGCUGCCCUUGGUCUCAUAAACGUCAUCGCCAUGAUAUCAGGCGUUCUCGGUGCGUUCUCUUGGAGUUAUAUCUCACACCAUUUUAACCUUCGGCCGUCGCGUACCAUCGUAGCAUGCAUCUGUCUUUUCGAAGUUAUCCCCCUCUACGGCCUCCUUGGCUUCCUCCCAUUUAUCAAGAGGCUUGGGGUUAUUGGCCUCCAGCAGCCAUGGGAAAUGUAUGUUCUCGGAGCAAUCUACGGCCUUGUGCUUGGCGGUCUGUCAUCAUACUGUCGAAGCUUCUUCGGCGAAUUGAUCCCACCCGGGUUUGAAGCAUCCUUUUACGCUCUCUAUGCGAUCACCGACAAGGGGUCCAGCAUGUUUGGUCCGGCCAUUGUGGGUGCUAUUACAGAUCGGUACGGGGAGAUCAGGCCCGCUUUCGGGUUCCUUGCGCUGCUUAUCUUACUUCCGCUGCCGUUGAUGCUACUCGUUGACGUCGACCGGGGGAAGCGUGAUGCCAAGGAGCUUGCUGAAGCUUUAGAGGGAGUGAAAGAUAUGGGCACUAAUGGGACUGGCUAUGCUACGGUGGCCACGCAUGAGGUUGAGGUUGGAUACGAAGGAGACCGGGAAUAAAUAGAGCUGGAGAGCUAUUCUGACGUUCGCAAUUAAUAUCGGUUCAUGGUGAUCUCGUUGCUUUGUAUCCCAUUACGAUAGAGCAUAUAAUACUUAUGGAACCUAGCACGAAACUUCCAAAGUGAUGUGACUUCCGUGCCCAUUUCUCUUACAUAGUAUAGCAGGGGUCUGCAGGAGUUAACCUUUAUCCAUACGCCGUUCGCAAUUUUUCAUCGCAUCCCAAACUACAUAGUUGAAUCAUCCAUCCUCCGAAGGAAGCAAACCAAAAAAGAAGCUAUUUCGCCCACCGUUUCAUAUCAAUAAUGGUCAAACGAGGGGAGCCCAGAGUAUUAUAAAUAUCACCGACAUCACUUGCAUCUCUUUUCCACAAUAUUCGCCCCAUGCUCCUCAUACUCUUUCUUCGAAAUCCACAUCUGGUGGAAGGUGCCAAGACUAGCCACGAUGCUUCCGCCAAUCCACGAGCCAAACUUCCUCUCCACCGUAUUGCCUGGCGCAAACAAGCGCACUCGAGGACUUGGGAACAUGGCCGUCAAUUCUGAGUUUAUCCGAUCAUUGAAUCCGUACAGGAGACUGGUCGCGCCCGUAAUCACCACGUUACCGAGCAAAUGUGGCCGUAUGUCGAUGUCAACCUGAUUGAGGGCGCUGCGAACAAGCUCGGGUAUUGUCUGUGCAGCAGUGGGCGCGGGGAACUCAGAAUCAGGAUCUGGAAUUGCGGCUUUGGCAUCGAAUAAUGAUUCAGCGACGCGGUAUCGGUCUGUGCCGAAGAGUUGGUUGUAGCCGUCUGGGAAUUCGAAGGGGCGGCCUGGGCUGUUUUUCGCUAGAUCUUCGUUGGACACUCCGUUGGGGUUGACAUUUAAUAAACCCUGAGGGCCUGGCCAGACUUGGACCACACAUUCCUUAAACUCGGAGAUGGUCCGGUUUUCCAGAAGUCGACGGAACGAAGCGUCGGGAGCCUGAUCAUCGGGAAUUGUGCGGUACGUUGCUUGCGCCGGCUGGCCAGCAUCUACUG